ACGCUGGAGUUGUUGACAGGAGCAGGCGGCGGUGAGGAGCAUGGCGGCGGUGAGGAGCAUGGCGGCGGUGGUGCUGUUUGUGCUUUCUUUGGCCGCAGCAGCGGCUCAGCUGAAAAUCCCCCCGCAUGAGGAAGUCGCGCGCAUGGCUCGGUUCGUCGUUAACCGGUGUGACUGGGCCUCCGUGGCCACCAUCUCCACUCACGAGCCCGUGAAGGGGCAGCCGUUCUCCAACGCCUUCUCCAUCAGCGACGGGCCGCUGGGCAACGGCACCGGAACCCCGUACAUGUACCUCACACAGCUGGAGAUCUCCGUGCAGGACCUGCAGGUGAAUCCACAGGCCUCCCUGUCCGUAUCUCUUGCUCAGACACAUUUCUGUAAGCACAAAGGUUAUGAUCCCCAGAGCCCCCUGUGUGCCCACAUUAUCCUGUCCGGCUCUGUACAGGCGGUGAAUGGUACAGAAGCUGAAUUUGCAAAGAAGGUGCUGUUCAGCAGACAUCCUGAAAUGAUCGAUUGGCCAAGUGACCACAAUUGGUUCUUUGCCAAAAUGGCAAUAAGCCAAGUUUGGGUGUUGGACUACUUUGGAGGGGUGAAGGUGGUGUCGCCUGAGGACUACUACAAAGCGACGCCAUUUUGAAGAGCACCUCUGUGAGUGAUUCUGUGAGCGAGGCAUCUUCUGCUUUCAUCGAAAAGCUAAAUCAGUUCAGACUUUAAGGGACAGUUGGCCGAACCAUGAUUUUUAUACUUAACCAAUUUCAGAAAUGUUUGAGAGUACUAAGGGGAUUUUAAAAAAAAAACCAACAACUUUUAAAUAAACUUUUUUGAACCACUAUAUCACCAAAAAUAGUUUUUGCCAAUAUCAUGACGAUGACCUAUUAUAAUUUUCAUAGUAACAGGAUAUUUACAAUACGUUAACAGGAUUAUAGGCAAAGUGAAUAAAAUUGUAUUUUGACUAUUUUCUACAUUGUAGACAAUACUGAAGACUAGGGCUGUGCGAUAUGGGAAAAAAUGAAUAUCCCGAUACAUUUUCUCCAUUUCACGAUAUACGAUAUACAUCUCGAUAUAUUGAAAUCUCCUCUAAAGGACCCCAUGAAAUCUAACUUUUACUCUUUACUGUUUUCACUACAAUCCCUGCAGAUUAAAUAACAUUCUUGGUUAACUUUACAGGUGGUUUUCAACAAUACAUUUUAAAUUUUCAUGUCAGUGAUUAAUCACAAUUGAAUUGAAAUAAGACUAUUUUUAUUCAACAAAGAUGUGGCGCAAACUGCAAAAACAAUCUUGAAAAUUGCAACAAAGGGGCAAAACAAUACAGAGCUGCUCAGAGCUCAAACCAAUAAAGUGCAAACUCAACACUGAGACAUUUAGCCUAAAUAAGAAAAGUGCUCUUUCAUUAAAUUAUUUAAAAAAUAGAUCUCCAAGCUAUUAACCUGACUACUGAGAACCACUGGAACAUUCACAAUAGAGAGAGAGAUUGAGGGAGAGAAGAGAGAGAGAUCUGCAAAACGUCAUUUUUCUCUUUGCACACUUUUGAACUGAAUGUUUUCUGGCUCUGCCUCUCAGAUGUCUAUAAUUCCGGCUGCUGCCUUUCGUGAUGACAGUUUUUUUUUUUGCACACUUUACAAACUGGCAUUUGCUGUUCCAUGUCCUCCUCGCGAUAUCCAAAAAAAUGCCAGAUGACUGACCCCUUACUAGUUCUUUUAGGAACCAAUUCAUCCGCUUCCAUUUUUAAUUUGUCGCUGAAAUUGACAGAGUUUACACGGUAGCCUACGCAACACCAGCAACUGCACAAACUGAGUCAGCGCUGUAAACCGGAACCAGGAAAUCUUCCCGCCGGCAGUGUUGCCAGAUACUGCUGACGUUUUCCAGCCCAAAAUAUGUUCAAAACCCGCCAAAACGCACUUAAAACCGCCCAAUCUGGCAACACAACCGAAACUAGAAAAUCUUCCUGGAAGUUCCUUUCAGCACCGAGAUGUCGCCCGGGAUUGGUUGGCGAGUGCGUGACGUUAUUGUUUUCUUUCCCCUUAGGCAGCCUCUCACGUUACUGCCUGAGGGACAGGGAGAAAACCACCGGGAAAGGUUUUAAACAAACAUGAAACGAACGCACGUCGGAAGAUGACCAUAAAAUACUCGAUAGUUACUAUAUAAUAAUUUUACAUAUCGCACACAGAAUUUUCGGCGAUAUAUCGAGUAUAUUAGAUAUAUCGCACAGCCCUACUGAAGACAUAAAAACUAUGAAAUAACAUCCGGAAUUAUGUGGUAAACAUAAAAGUGUUAAAGUUUGAUAUUUUAGACUCUUCAAAGUAGCCACUGCUAUGUUAACCAGCUUCAUGAGGAAGUCGCCUGGAAUGCUUUUCAAUUAACAAGUGUGCUCGUCGAAAGUUAAUUAGUGGAUGAGUUUCUUGCCUUCAUAAUGUGUUUAAGGUGAAACCGUUAAUAAUAAAAAUACAGUAAAUAGCCCUAUUCCACAACUGUAGUAUUCCAUGUUAUGUCAAGAACCACUCAACUAACUAAAGAGAAACGACAUCCAUCAUUACUUUAAGACAUGAAGUGACUUUUAAUUAAUACAAAUAAAGAAAAAACAUGAAUUAGAAGUGUCCCUAAACUUUUGACUGGUACUGUGUAUGUUGGUCACAGCAUUUAAACCAAAUACAUUCAUAGACCCCUCGUCCUGUGAAGGCAAAGUCUUAUGGCAUUACCAUGCAUGAGCAGGACACGUGUAGUGCUCUUUUAAAUUUGUCACCUUUAAAAACAUCGCUGGUUCUGCCUUAUAUUUAUUUAUAGUCACUGCUCAUCAUGGAUCAUGGGGUAAUAAUAUUUUGAGAUCUCCAUUGUAAAAGUAGUGUGAUUUAUCCAUUAUAAUAUAACUAAAGGUUUUCUUGACACAGUAUGUGGAAUCACAUUUGUACAAAAUGACAGAUAAACUUACUGUUAAAUGGCUGUCACAUUACAAUUGUUGUGUGUGUGUGUGUGUGUGUGUGUGUGUGUGUGUGUACAGUGUCUUGCAAAAGUGUUCCUUCCCCUUGGUGUUUGUCCUGUUUUGUCGCAUUACAAACUGGAAUUAAAAUUGAUUUUUGGGGGGUUAGCACCAUUUGAUUUACACAACAUGCCUACCAUUUUAAAGGUGCAAAUAAUUAUUUUGUGAUGCAAACAAUAAUUAAGAUGGAAAAACAGAAAUCUGGAGUGUGCAUAGGUAUUCAAACCCCCCCCCCCCCCCCCCCCAAAAAAAAACAAAAAAAAAACAAUGUGUUGUCGAGCCACCUUUUGCUGCGAUUACAGCUGCAAGUCUCUUGGGGUAUGUCUCUAUUAGCUUAGCACAUCUAGCCACUGGGAUUUUUGCCCAUUCCUCAAGGCAAAACUGCUCCAACUCCUUCAAGUUAGAUGGGUUGCUUUGGUGUACAACAAUCUUCAAGUUCUCCCACAGAUUCUCAACUGGAUUGAGGUCUGGACUUUGACUAGAACAUUCCAAGACAUUUAAAUGUUUCCCUUUAAACCACUCCAGUGUAGCUUUAGCAGUAUGUUUAGGGUCAUUGUCCUGCUAGAAUGUGAACCUUCGUCCCAGUCUCAAACCUCUGGCUGACUCAAACAGGUUUUCCUCCAGAAUUGCCCUGUAUUUAGUGCCAUCCAUCUUUCCUUCAGUCCUGACCAGCUUUCCUGUCCCUGCAGAUGAAAAACAUCCCCACAGCAUGAUGCUGCCACCACCAUGCUUCACUGUAGGAAUGGUGUUCUCAGGGUGUUGGAUUUGUGCCACACGUAGCGUUUCCCGUGAUGGUCAAAAAGAUUAAUUUUAGUCUCAUUUGACCAGAGAAUCAUCUUCCAUGUGUUUGGGGAGUCUGCCACAUCCUGUUGGACAAACUCCAAACGUGAUUUCUUAAGCAAUGGCUUUUUUUCUGGCCACUCUUCCAUAAAGCCCCGCUCUGCGGAGUGUACGGCUUAAAGUGCCUACUUUGGUCAGGUUUGUAGUGGUGCUAUAAUGUAUUUAAUGGUGCUCUGCGGGAUAUUCAAAGUGUGGGAUAUUUUUAUAACCCAACCCUGAUCUAUACUUUUCCACAACUUUGUCUCUGACCUGUUUGGAGGCUCCUUGGUUUUCAUAUUGCUUGCUUAGUAGGUCCUUCCAGAACAGGUUGAUUUAUACAGACAUCAUGUGACACUUUAAUUGCACACAAGUGGAUUUUAAUCAACUAAUUAUGUAACUUAUGAAGUGAAUUGGUUGGAGCAGCUCUUAUUUAGGGGUUUCAAAAGAAAGGGGGUGAAUACCUAUGCACACUCCAGACUUCUGGGUUUAUUUUUUUUCAUCUUAAUUAUUGUCACAAUAAAACAGUUUGCAGCUUUAAAGCUGUAGGCAUGCUGUGUAAAUCAAAUGGUGCUAAC